GCCGCUCGGACCGCGUCACAAAGACACCGGGAACAGUGCUGUUGCGAGUGCGCGGCUCCUUGCGCGGCUGUUGGCACGCUGCAAACACAGACGUGACAAUAAACCGCUGGCCCGUGGCCUGCAGGAGCCAUUUCACCUGUGGGACAGACUGGAAGUCGUCAUUUUCUUUUUAGAUAGCUGCUAUCUAGCCGGGGAUUUUGGCAAAUCAAGGCACAACAGGAAUACAACCUCAAACACCAGCCUAAAAAUAGUUCCAAAACUGUCCUGCAGACAAAUUUUUGUUCCUAUGUUUUUCCCAAGAUCGGCAGAAAAGGACAGGGAAGCCCAUUUAUUUCUGCUCACUGCGGUUUUUUCCCAGUUCCUCACCUCUACAGCUGUUUCCAGGUCAUUGACUCCUACCCUCGCAGCACAAGGGACGCCCUGGGCCAGCCUUGCGGUCCCACAGGUCGCGUUGUCCGGCGCCUGCGGCUGCUGCAGCGCUGCGGGGCGGGGACCCGCGCCCCAGCUCCGCUCCGCAUCCAGCUUCGCAGGCGGUGUACAGGAAACUGCGCUCUGAGAAGAACAACAGAAACCAACGGAUUGGUAAAUAGCGCUGACAUCCGUCAGAGCGCAGGCAAAGCUUUAGUUAUGGUGAUAGCUAACAAGACAGCAAGUAAGAGGAUUCCAGAGCCAGCAGCGAUCGGGCUUUUCUCAAGCAGAGUCAAACUGGUCACUAGGCGUGCGUGUCAGGCACCAAGUUGUACAGAAUAUUGCAACUUUAUCGGCAAGCAGUGCGUUUUAUCAUCCUUAUGUAAAGCUGUUGCUAUCAGAAUACCUUAUACAAGUUAAGAAAGUGGUAUGUUCCUGACAAGAACAGCUCUCCAGUGUGCGUGUGUACCUGCAGCAGAAAAUCGGAGUUUGGCCAGGAAUUCCCGUGUAUGGACACCAAAACAUGCCUCAAAUAUUUAUCAUUUAGUUUUGUGAUUAUUUUCUUCCAUGGUCAGUUCCUUAGCUGCCUGUGAAGUGACACGUUUUCCGUUUAAACUCCCUUUCUCCCCAUUGGCUUUUCUGCCAUGCUCCUCUCUCCCACCGCCGUCUUUCCCACGUUCCACGCUACAGAACACACCGAUCCCGCAGGUCACGCCUGUACAGCAGCAGAAGUUUUCUCAGCGUGGUGUGUGUUUGCAAGUGAAAUCAUUGUUGUCUGUUGCUUUGGAGCGGCCCCCCUGAAGCUCUGUCAUUCCCACGCCAAAAAUGUCCAUUUCCACAAGCAGAAGAAAUCGUGUUUUCACAUCUUUAUUGUGGGCAAGACAAGCGCUGCAGGAAGGUGACUGAUCGUGGGGCUUUGCCUGGAUCUGGGGUCAUUUCUAGUACAGGGAACACAGCUUCCCAAUGCCUUUUGGACUCCCCCGGGCAAGGAGGGACACGGGUCAGGGCCCUGAAGGUUUCCAGAGAAGACCUAUUGACGUUCUGGACCUUCUCUGGUACAGACCAGAGGAACGUGGAUUCUUCAAUCUGUGCUUUAAAAAUUAAAAAAAAAAAAAAAAAACACAAAAACCACACCCACCCACCCACCAAACUAUGAUAAAGCUAGAUGCUGAUCUUUACAUCAAUCAGGUCACUGCCUGGAGCUCAUUUGCCUUGCAAAUACUCUAUUGUUACAUGCCGUGUCCCUCCCUACUCACUUAAAUGACUAACUCCACCCCAAAAAAGAACAACUUUUGCUGAAAUUGCUGGACGGGAGACAGAUCCUGCCCCUGAAACCAUGGGCCCCGUCAGCUACUCAUCGGAGACCUACGACUUGAGCCAGGUAGAGCUGAGUGGUUACUACGAAGCUGAAAACACCACCCCUUCUUUGGAGGGCUAUUUUUGCUUCAACCCAGCCUCGUCCGUGGUCGGCAACCAGAGAGAUCCCUUUAGAAAGGUCUUCAUGCCUCUCAUCUACCUGCUGAUGUUUGUGUUGGGGACGGUGGGCAACGCUCUAGUCCUGGUCAUUUUAGAGAGGUUCAAGCGGUCUCGCACCACCACAGAAAACUUCCUCUUCCACCUCACCCUGGCCAACCUGGCACUGUUGCUCACCUUCCCCUUCAGCGUGGUGGAGAGCUUGGCCGGGUGGGUAUUCGGGAAGUUCCUCUGCAAGAUCCUCAGCGCUGUCCACAAGAUCAAUUUCUACUGCAGCAGCAUGCUGCUGGGGUGCAUCGCGGUGGACCGCUACCUGGCCAUUGUCUACGCGAUCCACACCUACCGCAAACGCCGAGCUCGCUCCAUCCACCUCACCUGCACGGCUGUCUGGCUCUGCUCGCUGCUUUUGACAUUACCCGACCUCAUCUUCAUGGAAGUCUGGACAGACGACAGCAACCGCAGCAUUUGCUAUUUUCCAGAGGUUGGGAUCGAUGGCAACAAUGUCUGGCUGGCAACACGCUUCCUCUACCACACCGUGGGCUUCUUCGUGCCGCUGCUGGUCAUGUGCUACUGCUACAUGGCCAUCGUGAGGGCUCUGUGUCAGUCCCAGCGCCUGCAGCGGCAAAAAGCCGUCCGCGUGGCCAUCCUGGUCACAGGCGUCUUCCUGCUCUGCUGGAGCCCGUACCACAUCGUCAUCUUCCUGAACACGCUUACCAAGCUAGAAGCCUUCACCAAGAACUGCCUCCUGGAAGAUCAGCUGGACACGGCCAUCAUGGUGACGGAAGCCAUCGGCUUCACCCACUGCUGCCUCAACCCCGUCCUCUACGCCUUUGUUGGAGUCAAGUUCCGCAACGACUUCUUCAGGAUCCUGCAGGAGCUCGGCUGCAUAAGCCAGGAGACCCUGCAGGAGAUCCUGGAGGUGACAAGGAAGGGCAGCGGGAUUGAGUCUGACAACACCACAUCCAUCUCCACUUUCUAGCGGGUGAGGGCUGCCUGUGGGGAAGCGCCGGCCUGCGGCUCGCCCUCCCAGCGGCACACGUGCCGUGGCCUCAGUCCCAUGCCUCACGCAUGUCCCCACCGCUUUCUUUACACUUCAGGAAACUGAGGUCUGAUAGACACCCAACACCCAAAUCCUGUCUUCGCUGGCACCUCCUGGUUCUCAUACCUGUAGAAAUCCACCUGGCAGCUGUUGGCAAACGCUGGCUGUCCCGUGGUCACUCUGGCAGGGCUGGACAAACUCACGUGGGUUGGACCUGAUGUUUCCAGCUCUUCCUCGCAAACCUGACCCGCAGGCACCCUGUGCACGGAGCCAGGCACGAGACUGGGUGCCGGGGCAAGGGAAGAAGCGCAACCUGGUAAACAUGGAGUUAUGUCGGUGAGCAAGGACUAAGGACAAAAGCCAAGCAGGUCUCCAUUUCACUGGCUCAGGUUGGUAGGGAUGCGUCUGAAUCUCAACAGCUCAUUCUCAUGUUGUGACUUGAAGAGAAAACUCCCCGAGCCAUGAGGCUUUUCUACAAAGCACAGUCCACCAUUUCCUGCAGCGCUGCAUCCUCAGAGCUGAAACCUGCAGGUAAUGGCAACCAUGGAUGUCCAAGCACGUACGCGCAGCAGAGAAGAGCAGCUCUCUGAAGCCCACCCUUGCUGCCUCCAUGGUUGUACCGGUGAGCAAACUCGCUGCAGAUGUAAACACCUUCACAGCCCCGGCUCUGAUGGGAACUGUGCUCCUACACAAAUACAUCACUGAAAAGAUGAACAGUGAGAGUGUAAAAAUCUUACAGCGUCCACAAGAUAAAAAUAAAAACUGCACACAAACUAAGGGUGAACAGAUUACACAUCUAUUAUGACUAUAGGUUUUAGCACUGCUAUGUUGGUCAACUUCUAGAAAGUUUCGAUGUGAGCUGUAAUCAACAGUUAAAUAAAACACCUUCUUCUCACAUAUAGUGCCUG